AUUCGAUCAAGUCAUGACGACUUGUAUUUCGCUCGAUAUUUGCACUUUUUCUUCCUUGGAAGCGGGAAACCAACUAAUGGAUUGCCUUUCACUUACGCAAAUUUUGGGAGUAUGGACAACUAAUUGUCCGAACACGAACACGAAUGCGGGAGGACCUGACCAGAAGGCUUCUUGAUGGUGAUGAAGUUUUUCCUUUUGUUCUGUCGUGUAUCUUUUGAUGUCAAAUUGCCUCAAUCCUACGAUGCCAUCAGACUUCGAUAACCGGAAGGCUUAUGCUCCCCAAGAGGAAGUAUUCUUUGAUGAUGGAAGAGAGGAGGAACUGGUCGAAUUUGUCCUGGCGAAACCCGGUAUUCGAAACUCGCCCUCUAAAAUAUUAGAAGCAAUUGACGAGUUUGCACGGACCAAGAGAUACUUGAUGAAUGUCGGCGAAGACAAGGGAAAGAUUGUAACGGAUAUCAUUCAAAGCACAAAGCCAAAUGUGAUGGUAGAACUGGGAGGAUACUGCGGCUAUUCAACACUCCUGUUCGCGGAUGCAAUGCGUACAGCGGGAGGCAAAAAGUACUACUGCUUGGAACGAAGCCCAAAGUUUGCUCACAACAUCGAAGUGCUAGUUGAAUUGGCCGGUCUUGGUGAAAUCAUUACUGUGGUUGUCGGACCAAGUAACGACAGCAUUAAGUAUCUACACGAGUCCAGGAAAGUCAAGAAAAUCGACAUGAUAUUUCUCGAUCAUUACAAGCCGGCUUACACAACGGAUCUGAAGCUUUGUGAGUCCUUGGGUCUCAUUGGCAAAGGCACAACGCUUGCUGCCGACAACGUUAUCAAGCCAGGCAAUCCACCGUACCUGAAGUACGUUCGCAGUAGUGUUCAUGACAAAAUAAUGGCAUUGACCCAAGCCGCUGAGCAAGAUACAAUGAAAUUUCCCGGGCAGACUGCCAAACAAUAUGGGGAUAUCGAAAUCCUAAGCACUGAGUUCAAUGGAAACCCGCACCUCGUUUACGAGAGUCGACUGGUUCGAAGUUGGGAGCCGUCGGGGGUAGCUGAUGCGAUUGAAGUGACAGUGUGCGUCGGGGAGGAAAGUUCAUGAGACAUGAACGUCAAGGAGCCGCAUAAUGCUCCAAGGAACUGGUGAGAAGAGUGUGAUGUAUUGGGGCAGGAGCACCUCUAGAGGACAGGGGAUUUGGAUGAACUUCAAGAAGUAGUUACUUGGCUCUGAGGAUAUUAUUUUUAAUCGAUCUUAUUUAGAGGUGGGUUUCUGGUCCCUCGAAUUCUUAUGGUUAUCAUUGAGAAGUUUGGCCAUGUGAGCAGAUUAAUAUCAAUUCUGCAUUGAAUAUG